UUGGAGUUCAUCUGUUCAUUGUUAAUCAGAAGAAAGUCGAAGAAGCGAAAAAAUGGCGGAGCACCUGGCGUCAAUAUUCGGGACGGAGAAGGACAGGGUGAACUGCCCGUUCUACUUCAAGAUCGGGGCGUGCAGGCACGGGGACAGGUGCUCGCGGCUGCACACGAAGCCGACGAUCAGCCCCACGCUGUGCCUCUCGAACAUGUACCAGCGGCCGGAUAUGCUCACCCCCCAGGCUCAGCCCAACCCCAACCUCGACCCGACCCACAUCCAGGAGCACUUCGAGGACUUCUACCAGGACCUCUUCGACGAGCUCUCCAAGUACGGCCACAUCGAGAGCCUCAACAUCUGUGACAACCUCGCCGAUCACAUGGUGGGCAAUGUGUACGUGCAGUUCAGAGAGGAAGAAGACGCCGCAAAUGCGCUUAGGAAUCUGACGGGAAGGUUUUACUCAGGGCGUCCCAUCAUUGUUGACUUCUCUCCGGUCACAGAUUUCCGUGAAGCUACAUGUAGGCAGUAUGAGGAAAAUGUAUGCAAUCGAGGUGGCUACUGCAACUUCAUGCAUCUGAAAAAGAUAAGCAAGGAGUUGAGGAGGAAAUUGUUUGGGAGAAACCGACGAAGGCGUAGCCACAGUCGAAGCAGGAGUCGCAGUCCUGUUAGGUUUCGUGGUUAUGAGGAGCAUUCACGUGGUGGUCGUGGUUUUGGUAGAGGUGGUGGUGGUGGUGGUGGUGGUCGUGGUUAUGGUAGAAGGGAUGAUGACAGAGAUUUCCGCUACCAUGAUAGGGGCAGGAGGCCUAGAAGCCGCAGUCCUGGACGUAGAGCGGAACGAAGUAGAAGCCCUGGGGGAAGGAGGAAUAGGAGUCCAGUCAGGGAAAGUAGUGCUGAAAGAAGGGCUAAGAUUGAGCAAUGGAAUAGGGAAAGGGAACAUGGAGACUCUGGUCUCAAGAAUGAUGAGGGCAACUUUGACGAUGACGGGAAUGGCUUUGCAGUGAACAGUGAUGAGUAUGAGGACCCUGAGCAGCAGCAGCAGCAGCAUGGUCGAUACAAUAACUAGAGCAAUCGGACUUUUCUGGUUCAGGUGUUCCUGCUUCCCAGGAUCGUGCCUCGAUUUUCAGGCAGCUUACUUUGAUAUUUGUAUACAGGUUGGCUGUCAUUGUCUGCGGAGCAUGUGUGCAGGAUCUGAUGUGUAUGUUGUGGAAGCUUGGCUGAAUUCCCUGAAGGUUCUCAAGGGAGAACAGAUUUAAGUUUAUAUAGGACUUUAGAAGCAGCAGGGAUUUCAAUUUUAUGUAUGGAAUAUCCAUCUGGCAUAAUGGUUUGGUUGUUCGAAUAUAUUGUUGAACUCCUACUUGAUAUUCUGUUGUUAACCAUAAGUGUUAGUUUUUCAAUUCGAGUUUUCUGUUAAA